AGAUAACGUAGUAUUGUGAUUCUUUUCCCGUUUCGGGUUCCUCUGUAUAGCGUAUGUAAGUGAGGAAACAGUAAGCUGAAACGCUAAAACCCUAAAACCAUGAGACGAGCUCUUUCUGUUUGCUCCCGCAAUUUCCAUCUCUCUCAAAGCUUCAAAUCUAAUCCCAACAGUAAAGUCAUUCAUGGCCCGCUUGUUUCUUCAAAGUUUAGAUUCUUCUCUUCAUCUGAAAAUGAUUCUUCAUCCAAUCCUGAACCAACCCCUCAGCCCGAAACUAGCUUGACUGAAUCUACGGGAAAAGAGACCUCCCUCAAUGUUGAAGAUGUCAACAAUAAAGAGUUGAAGCUGCGGAUCGAGGAGUAUUUCAACAAAGGCAAUGAAGAGGCGCUUCCGUCAAUUCUUGAAGCAAUUUUAAAGAGGAAAUUGACGAAGAAGCAUGAACAUACAGAUGAUGAGUUACUGGAGGAGCUGCAGAUGAAACCCCUUGAUGGUGUAAAUGAUGAAGAGUUUGAAUCAGAUUUCGAGGAAGCUCACAAAACUGAUGAAGAGAUUGAAGAUUUGUAUGACGCAACAGAUAUUGUGAAGAAGCGAAUGGCGUCUGAUCCGUUCUUCAACAUGGACGACAAGAAGUGGGAUGAUAUGAUAAAAGAGGCUACUGAACAUGGGCAUCUUAAGGAUACAAAGGAGUGUGAAGAUAUCUUACAGGACAUGCUUAGCUGGGAUAAAAUUCUACCUGAUGAAAUUAAGAAGAAGGUGGAAGUUAAGUUUGAUGAGAUAGGUGAAAGGGUUGAAACAGGUGAGAUUACCCCUGAAGAAGGCUAUGCAUUGUUCAAGGAGUUUGAGGAUGGGGUGGUUGUGGAGUGCGCAAAACUGAUGGAGAAGGAUGCUCCACAGUUUGAUGCAACUACUUUGCCCGAUAACAAAAAGAAUUUGGAUGACCCACCAGGUGAAGGGCCAGUUCUUAGAUGGCAAACAAGGGUGGUCUUUGCUCCUGGAGGUGAUGCAUGGCAUCCAAAAAACAGGAAAGUCAAAUUGGGUGUUACGGUGAAAGAGUUGGGUCUGUCAAAGCAUCAAUUUCGUCGCUUAAGAGAAUUGGUCGGAAAACGCUACCAUUCUGGGAGAGACGAGCUUAUGAUAACUAGUGAAAGAUUUGAACAUCGCGAAGAGAAUAGGAAGGACUGCUUGAGGACUCUAUUUGCUCUUAUUGAAGAGGCUGGAAAGGCUAACAAAAUGGUAGAGGAUGUUCGAACGUCAUAUGUGAAGCAGAGGCUCAAAGCAAAUCCGGCAUUCAUGGAAAGGCUGCGUGCAAAAACCAUGAAAUUGAAAGAAUCUAGCUCGCUGCAUGCAUGACAUAAGCUGUUUGCAGCUAGUGUUUUCUUGUAGAAGAUAAAUGAAAGGAUAUUGAUGUGCCUUCUCUUUGUCAUUUCGAAACAUUUUUCAGCAUUCACAAUUAGUACAGGUUUGCAAGGGCAAUUCUUACA